CUUCCGGUCAGACACACAAGGUCGUCACAGCAGCAACAUCUACGCGCUAACAUGAUGUCCCUAGCUGCCCGGUCAGGGCCCUUUUCUCCUUAUAUGCAGGCCACUGCUUUUGCUGUCGCUGGUCCUUUAAAAGCCCUGGUCCCUGGGAUUGUUUUGAAGGGAGAGAAAAUCUUGUUUAACCCGAAGAAAAAGUUCCUGUGCCGCGAGACGCUGAACGGUCAAAGCCCAAAGACGGGCCCUGCGGUGAUGGUUAGCAUCAACGGCUGUGCAGGAGUCAGGUUUGCCCACACAGACGUAAGGAUACCUGAUUUCUCAGACUACAGGCGUCCAGAGGUGAUUGACCCCAACAGGUCAUCCCAGGAGAGUGGUGAAUCUAGAAGAGUAUUCUCCUACCUGGUUACUGGGGCCUCAACAGUGGUGGGUGUCUAUGCCGCCAAGACAGUGGUGACUCAGUUUGUUUCUUCAAUGAGUGCCUCGGCUGAUGUCCUGGCCCUAUCCAAGAUCGAAAUCAAGUUGAGCGAUAUCCCAGAAGGCAAGAACAUGACCUUCAAGUGGAGAGGCAAGCCGCUAUUCGUCCGUCACCGCACCGAGAAGGAGGUCGCCACAGAAGCUGCUGUGAACAUUGCAGAGCUUCGAGACCCUCAGUACGACAAGGACCGGGUCAUCAACCCCAGCUGGAUUAUCGUCCUCGGGGUGUGCACACAUUUGGGCUGCGUGCCAAUUGCCAAUGCCGGAGAGUACGGAGGUUACUACUGCCCCUGUCACGGCUCGCACUACGAUGCUUCAGGCCGAAUCAGAAAGGGUCCUGCACCCCUCAACCUAGAAGUCCCCUACUAUGAGUUCCCAGAUGAAGACACGGUGGUGGUGGGAUAGACGAGUGCGUCAGACUGAAAUCACAUAGUACAACAGUUUUUGCUCUGGCUGUAACACAGCUUAUAUUAAUCUGAUAAAGGAAAUGUUGAGGUGUAUUUGUACUCUGUUUGUCUUACUGCUUUUGCUAGCAAAAUAAACUGUUGACAGCAGCUUCCUAGAGGAAAUAACACUGAUGACUCAAAAACCUUAUGACCGACAUGGGCUCUCUGACCAGUCUUCAGCUUGUAGUGAAACAUUUCUCCCAUGCCCAGCAGUUUGUGAUCGGGAGCACUCCAGCUGUCUCAUUGCUUCUGAGAAUUUACCACCAAUUAAUUUGCCCAUCUCUCCUGCAUCAAACACACAGACUAGGAGAACUAUUAACCUGACAUACAUCAUAUUCAAGAUGUUGACUUGUGGUAUUGUUAUCAGAUAAUCUAUACCACCUGUUAACAGUCUUAAUGUUGUAGCUCAUCAGUGUAUAACUGUGUCCCAAUUUUUCCAAAGAUGACAGUCUAUUUCUGUUGACAGUCCUGAUAUAUUUAAUGUCAUGCAACAGCUUCACAUAAUGAAAGGAGCAAUCGGGUAUUCAGGUGCUAUGGCAAUAAAAAUUUAAAUUUUA